CAAUGGGUUUUUUGACUAGAAGGGAUACAGCAUCCUCCACUGGGCAUGCGCACUUCAAUACUGCAUAAUUUUUGUCACGCUGAAAGCAGUUGAUUGAUAUUUUUUAUUAUUAUAAGGUUGGGUUUAGGGUUGGGGUAGGUGUAGGUGUAGGCGUUAGCUAAUGUAAUUUAUUGUAAUUAUAUGGCGAGAUUUUGCACCACUUCCGGCCGUAGCUGUAUCCCUAAUCAUGGAGGACAGCGAGCUGGUUUUGCAAAAAGCACACGAUGAGUUCAACAAUAAAAAAUAUAAGAGAGCGGAGGAAUUAUACACACAGUUCAUUGAGUCCUGCACUAAAACGAGAGAGUGCAAUGCUCAUAAUUUGGCCAUCGCUUAUAAUAACCGAGGACAGGUGAAGUAUCUAAGGGUGGAUUUCUGUGAAGCUAUGGACGAUUACACCUCUGCCAUUCAAAUCAACAGUCAGUUUGAAGUCCCACUUUAUAACAGGGGAUUAAUACGUUACAGAUUGGGCUUUUUCAAGGAGGCCGAGAGUGACUUUCGGAAAACUCUGGAGGUAAAUUCUGAUUUUAAAGACGCUAGAGAAAGUUUAAGACGGACGCUACUGGACAGUGAAGAAAAAUCAAACAGAGGCUACUGAUGCACCUCUUAUUUGGACGUCUUUACUAACCUUGCAGUUAAUGUGUACAUACUAAGUUAUUUUGUGAUUUGCACUGUAUGGUUGUGUAGUUUGAAGUUGAACAUUAAAAUGACCGUUAAAUGUGUUAUUCUAUCUGUAAAACAUGAAUACUAUGAAUGUUACAAAACACUGUCAUGAUGUGCUGAGCAGUCAUUUGUCAUUUCGUGUAAUAAUUAUAUUUCUUAAUGAUUUUUUAUUUAUUUAUUUGUUUUAGCCUAAUUGUAAAUCACAUGCUUGCUUGCAGACCUCUCAAAAACUUUUUACUUAAAACCACAUUUUAUAUUACAGUAUAGA